GCCCCGGUUUAUCCUGCCCGCCAACCAGAUCGCCCGCAUACAUAUAGACCGUACGCUCCCAAAUCCUCCUAAUCAGAUUCCCCAUCCCCAUCCCCCGCCCCCGCGACUCAGACGUCCUCCGCGAUGGCCACCACGGACCACGUCCGCCAGCAGAUCCGCGAGCUCGAGGAGAUCAACCAGAAGCAAGGGCUCGCCCUCUCCGGCCGAGUCAUCCACGUCUGCCACUACCUCCCCGUCACCGCUGCCCUCAAGACCCCGAACGCCAGUGGGCUCAUCAGCCCACCCGCAACCCCGCCAGUCCGCCCGUCUGACCUCGAGUCCAAGACCGAUGGCGCGGCUAAGCACUGGACGCUCGGUGUUCGCUAUGGCCACGCCGCGAUGAUUUCUGGCAUCAAGUCGCUGUCGCGAACACGCAAUCAGGUCAUCAUUGGCUGGACAGGCGACAUUCCGCGCGCCCCGGCUAGCGCUGGCGCGACUGCGGGGACGAGCAGCGCAGCGAGCGUGCCUUCGAAUGCGAUCACGCAAGAGGACAAGGAUGCCCUCGUAGAAGCGCUCGCAGAAUACAGCAAGAACGAGCCGCAAGAGGAAUGCGAGGGUGCCAAGCACGAGAUCGGCUAUGUGCCCGUAUGGCUGGACGACAAGGUCGCGCACGGUCACUACGAUGGCUACUGCAAGCAGACCCUCUGGCCGCUAUUCCACUACCUCCUCUGGCAAGACGUCGCCUCAGAACAGUCGCAAGCCUCCGCCUACUACCAAUACUACGUCCAGGCCAACCGCACCUUCGCCGAGAAGAUCUGCGAGACCUACCGCCCCGGCGACCUCAUCUGGAUCCACGACUACCACCUGCUCCUCGUCCCCAAGUUCAUCCGCGAGAUCAUGCGCGAGAAGGAGCGCGACGGCACGCUGGGCUGCAAGGCCGAGGAGGUCAUGAUCGGCUUCUUCAUCCACACGCCCUUCCCCAGCAGCGAGGUCUACCGGUGCCUGCCCGAGCGCAAGCAGAUUCUCGAUGGCAUACUCGGCGCGAACCUGGUGUGCUUUCAGACGUACUCGUAUGCAAGACACUUCUUGUCGACGUGCGUGAGGGUGUGCGGGUAUGAGACGACGACGGCGCAUACGGCGAGCUCGAUCACGAAGUCGUUCCGGGUGGACGAGGAUAGCAGUGGGGGCGUUGGUGUCGAUGUGCAGGGGCAUGUCACGAUUGUGGAGCACUGUCCCGUGGGCAUCGAUGCUGAGCGCGUCGGCCGCGACAUUUUGCGACCGGGCAUCCAGCCGAAGCUGGAGGCGUUGAUGCACCUGUACGAGGGCAAGAAGAUCAUUGUCGGUCGCGACAAGCUCGAUGUGGUCAAGGGUGUCUUGCAGAAGCUGCGCGCCUUCCGCCACCUCCUCCUGACCUACCCGCAAUGGAUCGGCAAGGUUGUCAUGAUCCAGGUCACCUCGCCCUCCCUCACGGACUCGCCGAAGCUGGAGAAGCAAGUCAGCGAGCUCGUCUCGCAGAUCAACGGCGAGUUCGGCAGCUUGGACUUUAUUCCUUGCCAUCACUACCACCAGACGCUGAAGAAGGACGAGUUCUACGCGCUGCUGUCCGUUGCGGACCUCGCGUUGAUCACGCCUCUGCGAGAUGGGAUGAACACGACGUCGAUGGAGUUUGUGGUCGCGCAGGAGAGGACGAAGAAGAGCCCUUGUGUGCUCUCUGAGUUCAUGGGGAUCAGUCGGCAUAUGGCGGAAGCCCUCCUCGUCAACCCAUGGGAUCUAGGCGACGUCGCCGCCGCCAUCGACCGCGGGCUCACCAUGGCCGACCCGGAACGUAGCGCGCGCCACGCGAAGCUCUACGAGAAGGUCACGACGCACACCUCUCACACCUGGGCCGCCCUCCUCGUCAAGAUGCUCGUCGCGCACGCCGGCGGCCUCGACGCCAUGAUGAAGCCCUCCGAGACGCCCUACAUUGACACCGCGCUCCUCAAGGCGAAGUACACCGCCGCCUCCAAGCGCCUCUUCCUCUUCGACUACGAUGGGACGCUCGCGCCGAUCGUGAAGACCCCCAGUGCGGCCGUGCCCACACCGCAGGUGCUGCGUGCGCUCGAGAAGCUGAGCGCGGACCCGAAGAAUGUGGUGUAUAUCAUCUCGGGACGCGAUGGUCAGUUCUUGGAGCAGCAUUUGGGCCAUUUGGAGAAUGUGGGCUUCAGCGCGGAGCAUGGAGGUUUCGUGCGCCCGCCGAAGAGGGAGAACGGGGGGUCGUCGGAGUGGAUGAACUUCACGGAGCGGCUGGAUAUGAGCUGGAUGUCGGAGGUGGAGGAGAUUUUCAAGUACUACACUGAGCGCACGACGGGGAGCACGAUCGAGGUGAAGAAGUCGUCGAUCACCUGGCACUACCGCAACAGCGACCCGGAGUGGGGCGAGUUCCAGUGCCGGCAGUGCCAGGACCUGCUGGAGAACAACUUGGCGAACAAGCGGCCGAUCGAGGUGAUGUUGGGGAAGAAGAACCUGGAAGUGCGCCCGAUGGCGAUCAACAAGGGCGAGAUCGUCAAGCGGAUCGUGUACCAGAACCCGGAUGCGGAGUUUGUGUUCUGCGCGGGGGAUGAUAAGACCGACGAGGACAUGUUCCGCGCGCUCCUCCUCUUCCCCAACACGCCGGGCCGCAACUCGGGCAGCUCGCACAUCCGCUUCGAGGCCCCGCUCUCCGUCACGCUCACCAGCGACGCGAAGGGGCAGGACUUCCCGCCCGUCGAGCUGCACAUCACACGCGACGCGAUCUUUACGACCGCCGUGGGCCACAGCUCGAAGCGCACGCUCGCGAGCUGGCAUGUGACGGCGCCGGAGGAGGUGGUGGAUAAUAUGUUGAGGUUGGUGGGGGAAGAGCCGGAGAGGGGGCAGGAGGUGGCGAAGGCGGAGAGCAACCUGUGAUUGAGUGAGGUGGUGGGGGUGUGAUGUGUUGGGUGAGCGAGGUGGAGGGUGGACGAGCAUAUAGAAGGCAGUCUGAAGCAUCAACCAAUGUAUCAUAUGGGCUUAGACGGACGGGGCUCGCGGGGCGCAUUUUGAGAUGCGCGUAUCUCUUUAUCAUGCGUAUAGUUAGCCAUUAGACACGGACGCUAGACAUGCCUCGAUACCCACAGCUGUGUAGUUUAGGCAUUCGAUUCUUAUGCAAUGCUUUUCAAGUC